GGCUUGGUGCCACCAGGCGGUGGGCGGGGCGGGGAGUCCGGAGGGGGGCGAGGGUUGGGAGGGAGGUUUGGGUAGGGAGGAAUGGGGAACCCGAGUGGGUCAGGGGGUCUAGGGGCGAGAGCAGGCUGCAAUGUCUGUGGAGAAAGAGCUUCCGUUCAUGUUUUCACACCCCAGCCGGAAAGUACGGAGUAAGCCCCUUAGGGAGCCGCGGGGACGCAAUAAGGCCCGGAUACCGGGCGCCCAGAGGAAGCCCCGCCGGAACCAAAGGCGAUCGCCACCGGAGUCACACUGCAAGAAGGCGCAAGUGCAAGAGAAAGAGAAGGUGUGGGUACCCUGGAAUGGACUCAUCGUGAUUGGGAAGAGAGUGGAACUCUUGGACAGAAACGUGCAAAAAUCUAACCCAAAGUUGGAAUCUGAGUACUGGAAGCUGGAGGGCACGGGGAAGAAGUUCUCAAAAGAGAAAUCGGGCCUGCAACAGGAGACGAUCGCGAAGCUCCUGAGCAGUGUAGGAAGAACGGUGCACGCUCGAGCAGGUUUGGAGAAUGACAACCCAGAGACUUGGAGAGAGUUGGAGGACAGAUUCAAGGCUGGUUUAUCUAAGAGUGCAGAGAUGACUGCAGAGCGUGAAGAAAACUUGAAGUCUAGGGACAAGUUGAGGGCCACUGGAGGGGACUUGAGGUCUAGAGGGGACCAACUGAGGCAGAAUGAGGAAUUGGAGUCGAAUGGAGAAAACUUGAUGUCCAAGAGAGAGAAACGGGUGUCCAUUGGAGAGAAGGUGGUAGGCAGGGGAGAGAAGCGGAGGUCUGCUGAUGAAAAAAUGGACAGUAGGGAGAGGCGAGGGUCCGUCAGAGAGAAGGCGUUGGAAAGUGGAGAAAAGCGGGGAUCCAUCAGAGACAAGAUGUCGGACACUAGAGAGAGGCGGGAAUCCAUCAGAGACAAGAUGUCGGACACUAGAGAGAGGCAGGGGUCCAUCAGAGAGAAGGUGUCAGACAGUGGAGAGAGGCGGGGAUCCGUCAGAGACAAGAAUUCGGAUACUAGAGAGAGGCGGGGGUCCAUCAAAGAGAAGGUGUUGGAAAGUGGAGAAAAGCGGGGUUCCAUCAGAGAGAAGGCGUCAGAUAGCGGAGAGAAGCGGGGGUCCAUCAGAGAGAAGGUGUCAGACAGUAGAGAAAGGAGGGGGUCCAUCAGAGAGAAGGUGUCAGACAGUGGAGAGAGGCGGGGGUCCAUCAGAGAGAAGGCAAAGCUGGGUAGAGAGAAAUUUAGGUCCAGUGGAGAGAAGCUGAAGACUGGUGAUAAAAAUUCGAGAUCCACUGAAGAUAUACUGGAGUCAAAUACUGAGGAAUUGGAGUCUGCUGAGGUGAAACUGGAAGAGCAUUCAAGAAUAGGAAGUCCCAUCGAAGAGACUAUUGAAAGAGUGAUAAAUAUUACUGGUGGUGAAAGUGUGCUGGAAAAUAUGAGUCAGGAAAUGCAAAUUCCUUCUGAAAGUGUGGAAGGGAUAGAUGAACACGAAGGAGCAGAGAAAGGGGUGGAAAUUGAUAGUCAGGUCUUGGAUGGAGUGAGAGAUACUGCUGAUCAAUCUGCUCCUGAGGAAGAGAAAGACACACUUGGAGAAAGCACCCAGGAAUCAGGUGGAUGAAAAACUGAAGGUGAAGAAGGAGAUCGGAGUAUUGAAAGUCAAGGAGAAGCUAAAGCCAAGGACUUUGUUGGUCUUGAAAGGGUGAAUAUUUGUGAGGGUCUGGACCCCAAAGGAACAUAGGAGCCACUGGGCACGAAGGCCAAGCUAGUAGUGGACAGUGAAGAAUGAGGGAGAGGACAAUGGAAACAUUUUAAGGAGAAAGAAUCAAUGUGGGAGUGAAUGGUAGGAAGAAGGAAACUUUCCUGUGUGAAGAACAGUUUGAGAAGUGGGUCUAGGGUGGCUGGGUUUUGACAGACAUGUACAUGGUCAGGGGUAUGAGAUGUAGAACGUCAAAAACAGAUCAUAGCAGGAUAAAGGUUUGACAUUGAGGGUCAUGGGAGAAGCAGCAAAGAAGGAGGUGACUGAAGCAGAUACCAAAACUAGGGACUCCAGCAGGGAAAACAAGGGGAGAGGAGCGAUGGAGUAAAAGGUGAAGGAAGUGAGACGCCACACCCACACCCUGCCACAGUGCUUAGGCCCAUGUCUACUUGAGACCAUCAUCUGAAGAUUCCUCUGGUGAGUCUGUGAACUGAGGUGUUGUCAUCACUUUAAGAGAUACCUUCCUUGGCCCAAGGUGAAGACUCAGCAUUUUCCCUUGUAUGGGAAAUGACCUACACUUCGGGAAGUAUAGAUUCUGAUGAAUCGUCAGAUUUCUGUUCCUUGGCUGAAUGACUCACCUGAGAUAUCAGAUGUAUUCCACCAGAACCCAGACACCAGUGAAGAUCGAGCUACUAUGACAAGUGACAAAUGCCACCUGCUUCCUACAUCACCCGGUAUUCCCAGGCGGUCUCCCAUCCAAGUACUAACCAGGCCCGAUCCUGAACAUUUUCUUUAGGGACCCAAUUUUAGACAGAUGCCAGAAGCCAACGUGGACUGUGGACCCAGCACGCUGAGAGACAGCACCUGUAGUGGUCUUUACGUGUAUUUGAUGUCUACAAGCAGAACAAUGCACCCAUUAAUCCAUCUGACCUAAGAUGGAACAGUUCCUAAGACUUCCAGACCAGACCUGCUCGACAGGCGCUCUCCUGACACCCUUCCACACUUGCACCUGGGCUCUUACAUCACAGAGCACCCUUUCCUGAGGCCUUCCUCUGAAGCAAAGGAUAACCAGACACACCAGUGGACAAAGACCCCCCCCCAGAGGAGCCACUUGGUCCAAAGGCAUUUGGGAAGUAGAAGAAAGACAACAGACAAGUUUUAUUAGUCUCUCAAAGUUUCUGGUAUGUGGAUUAUUAUUCUGUCUCAAAUUUUGCUGCUACUCAAGAAUUUUUGACUCAGCGAAGAAAAAAACCUAGACGCCCAGCCUUUUCUUGCCCUUGCCUUAGUACUUCAGGCGUGGACGUGGACUUGGUGUCAAAUCGCCAUCCCAUCUGCUCGAGGAGCAUCAGUAGGGCCCACCCACAGCCUUGGGCCACACCCAAACAGUCAGGUGUCAUCAGGCUUAGCAGGAAAACUGCCCCCCCCCCAUAAGGAUGAGGAGCCAGGGAGGGAAGAAAGAGGCGAGGCACUGUCCAGGAGAAAGACAGGAAGAACAGUCCGUCUUGGGGCAAAGCAGGAGGAAGGUCUUUAAUGAAACAUCUCAGAGAACAGGGUGGGUCUGCAUAACCACCCCAGAACCAAGGCACAGAAGAGGUUUGAAAUGUCCAGGAUAAAUAGAACCAAUGGGGUGGAGAAAAAGCCAGCUCCUCCCCCUUGUAGUCUUACUAAACAGUCUUAUUGUGGGCACCAAAAAUAUAUUAAUAUCUGUACAUUUGUCAUCUUAAAAAAAAAAAGGAAAUAAAACCUCCCUGGCA